ACUUAAUUAAUGAGACCUCCUUACAAAAUAGAACCGAAUUGACAGAAAAUAGAAACCGCGACCGCGAACCCGAGAGAGAAUACACCCCUGAGGAGCAAGUAUUUGUUACGAACCCUAAGGCUUCGAGACAAAAACUUGCACCACGCUUUACUCAAGACACAGUCCUAGCGGAUCUUCCCAUACAUAUAUACACUAAAAAGAAACGCGGCCCCGUCGCUAAGUCACGCCUCAAGCGAGGUCCUAAGAAUCCUAUAUUGUUACAGGAUCGUACUACUGACGCUUCUGACGACCGCGAUGCAACCGACACAAGGACACGAGAUAACGAUUGACUCUCUACAAGACGGACCGGGAUUACUUCCAUUUAAAUUAGGACACACUAAAAUUGUUUCUCAUUACCAUUCCUUCCUGAAUAAUGUAAAUCUUGCUGAUGUUCAUUAUCAGAUAAAACUAGUUAAAGGACAGCUUUCUAGCCUUAAACCUAAAUUAAAUAACAAAACACUAUCAUUGUAUGAUCCUCAUAUCGAAUAUUUAAAUAUAAAAUUAGAACGCAUAUCUGAGCAAUUGCAGACAUUUGAACCUACUCGCAAUAAAAGAGGGCUUAUCGACGGAUUAGGUUCCGUAAUCAAAAGUAUAUCAGGUAACCUUGACUAUACCGACGCCAUUAAAUAUAACGAUGCCAUCAAAGUACUCGAAAAUAAUCAGCAUACUUUGGAAUCUGAACUUAAUAGUCACAUUAGCUUAAAUAAAGAGUGGACCUUGAAAAAUUCUAAAUUAAUAUCUAAUAUAACUUUAAAUCAGGCAAAAAUAACUAAGGUUUUGGAUCUUAUUAUGAAUAGUGUCGCUGACCAUGAAACGGAUUUAAUUAAAUACGCUCAUCUUGCACAACAUCUUUUAAUCCUAGGUGAUAAUAUAGAUAGAUUGUCUGAAGAGAUAUCUAAGCUUGAAAACACUUUAGCUUUUAUCAGAGUGUCAGGUGCUCCUCAUUCAAUAUUAAAUAUAGCAGAUUUAAAGACGAUGUUAGAUAAGUUAGGUUUAAUGUACUCCAAGGACGAAAUCCUUGACUUAGAAAUUAGGUACUUUUACGAUAUUAUAAAGUUAGGUUAUUUUUAUAUAGGUAGCGAGAUAGUUUUAGUGUACAAGAUACCGAUUGCCUUCCCUAGCACCUAUGACCUUUAUAAGCUUUCUUUGGUCCCGAACUCAAACAACCAAAUCCUUUUACCUUCCCUUCCUUUUAUAGCAAUUUCUGGAGACGAUUCUGAGUAUAUGGAGGCAGAAUGCCCGAAGGUAAAUGAAUGGUAUAUAUGUGCACAUACUUCCAAAUUUAGAUCUAGAGAUGACCCUGACUGCAUUUAUCACUUGAUCACCCAACAAGAGCUGCUACCAUCCUGCAAGCUGACUACAGUAUCCCUGACAAGAACAGCAAUAGAACAACUCGACGACAAACACUACACCGUGAGUUUCCCGAAUAAUACCAAGGUCAAGACUUUCUGCGGCCAAGAGCAGCACCGAGUCCUGUACGGAAGCUACCUAACCGUCAUCCCGCUUAACUGUUACAUCAAAACCCCGACCUUCACUAUUUUGAACUCCAAAAACCACAUCAAGGGCAACCCGCUUCAAAUUAUGGACCUACCGAAAUCCAACAAUCAAGAUCUACAAGCCGAAAAGCCAUAUGUCACUUUGAACUCCAUCAACCUAGAAAAUCUACACUCAAUCAGCGAGAAAAUAUCUCUACAAAAGCCUAUACAGAUAGAACAAAUCCCAACAGAAAGUUUAUACCAUACCACGAUCCCAUUUUACGUGGUUCUAUGCAGUAUAGCUAUGUUAUCUAUUGGCAUACUAUAUAGAAAACUAUGUUUGAAAAAUACUUCAAAUAAGACCGUGGAAGAGAUACCUAUCGGAACAUACAGAGAAUCUUCAGGAAGAUGUCAGCCACACGAAAUAAAAGUAGACCACAACAACAUCUCAGCGACUCUAUCCAGCAACUCCUAGGAAUAGUCGCCGAGCUUCGGGGGGAGGUGUUAUGUACGACCCUAGUACAUUAGUAUGUUAUGUACAACCCUAGUACAUUAGUACAAUAGCAAGUUCCCAUUCUCACGAUCGAGGUGCCGACGCAG